AUUUGUAAUGUUGACCAUGUGCGAUUUAUUUAAAAACAAAAUAUUUCACAAUUAAUGCAAUAUCUUUAUCUAAUAAUAUAGUGUUGUAAGCUUUUUAAAAAUGGAAGUGGAAAAUAUAAAUGUCGAUGACUUUUUGCCCGCAAAAAAGACUAUAAAGUUGAAGAAUGUGAAACGGCGGGCAGUCUCUGAAUCGGGUGAUGGAAUGGAAGUAGAAGAGCACAAUGGAAUUCAAGGAAGAGCUAAACUAGCAAAACCGAAAGUUAAGAGGACGAAAAAGAAUGUAGAACCUAAUGAAAGUAAAGUCAAUAUGAGAAAAGUUGCAGUCCCAGCACACAGGUAUAACCUCAAAACUACUCUUUUUCACUUGAUUGUACCAAAGCUAUUUGAUUUUUUAACCAUUAAUUAUAACAGCAAUGGGAUUAAGGCUGUAACACUACAUAAUGUUACACUAUUAUAAUGAUUUAAUUCUGUAAUUUUAAGUAAAAUGUACCAUUGUGUGAUUUUUAUAACGCACCUGACACUGCCAGUGUGUAUGUUAUGAAAGUUGCACACAGUCGAUCCAUUGGCAAUUGCCAUACUAAGAACCUCUUUUCUAUUACAUUCGGAUAAAUGUGAUAUUUGGAAUUGUGACAGUAAGUGUGCAUGUUUUUAAAUAAAAAAUAUUUUCGAAUUGCUUGAAUUUGCAUUGCCUUGAUCCAGUCUAAAUUUGUUUUGUGUUUGAUGACACGGUUUGUUUUUAGAUGUGAUUACUAAAACAGUAGAUUUUGUUUUGUGCAACAAUAAUAAUAUUAGUAGUAAGAUAAGAAGAAAAUACAAUUGUAUAUAUAAAAUGUAUUAUUUUUUAUUCAAUAUUUAAGUAUUAAUUGUUACUUAAUUAACUUGUCACCAGCCAGUCCUAAGCCUGCAUAAAGCGUGAAGGAAAUUUCAUUGCAAUAUAAAUCUUAACACUAAAAUCUCAAUAACAGUACCUAAUCUUUAACGAAACGGGAACACAAAACAAGCUAAUCAAGCUUUCUCGUGAUCAAUCAUCAUUUCAUUUGCUACAUUUUCAAUUAAACUUGUUGUGAAACACUAUUGAGGCCAAAAUUAAAAAAAAAACAAGGUGUUUCAAAAGCCGCUAUUGAUAUUCAAUAGAUAGUUUCGUUUUGUUACUCAAAAAAACUGCUACUACCCACUGCUAGUUGUCACUCCAUCUAGUGGGAGGUUAUUAUUUUCAUUCUUAUAGCCUACUACUAUGUAACUUAUUAUAUACUUGCCAUAGUUGCCAAUCUGGUAGGUAACUACAGUUUUUUUACUUUUAUUUUUAAGUUUUAUCAGAUGCUGUUGCCCAUUCCUAUUUUAGUUUAGUUAAUUUGUAUCUUCCAUGGAAAGGAUGAGCAGUGAUUGCUCUUAUUUUAACUUUAAAGUGGUAGCAGUCUACUGGUUAAAGGUAAAACUGUGAAACAUAAAGAUAGUGGGUAGGAAUCGGCCAUUUGACUAUUGCCAUGAAACACUUCUAACCCAUGUAUUUUAAGCUAAGUGAUGUUGUUAACGAUAAUAUUUUUAGUAGUUAUAAUAGCACUGCUAGUAAUCUUGAAUUAAAACAAUUACUGCCACAUUUGGAAAGUGGAUUUUAAAGUAAAGUUGUUGAUGCUGCCCUCCAUUGUCAGUGUACAUAUUUAACUACUUUUUUUUAUUCAUAGAUAAAGGGCUUUGUCAUUGAUGAACAAAUACAGUUUUAGGCAUCAUCUGAUAAUGGAUCCGAUAAAAUACUAUUACUACUACUACAAUCAUCUUGAUGGCAAAUCUGUAGUUUGCACUAUGGACUUCCAUUUGGCAUGAUUGUAAUGAUCUCUCGCAUCUAUUAAUUAUGAAUUUAAUAAAUAUAAAUAUAUUUACAGAUAUACACCAUUAAAAGAGAACUGGCUCAAGAUAUUUACACCAAUAGUUGAACAUCUUUUGCUACAGGUACGGUUUAACACAAAAACACGAAAUGUAGAAAUAAGAGUUGGACCAGAGACUAAAGAUAUAGCAAAUUUACAAAAGGCUGCAGACUUUGUGAAGGCGUUUAUAUAUGGCUUUGAUGUUGAAGAUGCAUUAGCUUUGCUACGGCUAGAUGAUUUAUUUGUAGAAUCUUUUGAAGUAAAAGAUGUAAAGACACUUCAAGGAGAUCACUUGGGUCGUGCUAUUGGUCGAUUAGCAGGAAAAGCAGGCAGAACAAAGUUUACCAUAGAGAAUGUUACGAAAACUAGAAUAGUUUUGGCAGACUCAAAAAUUCACAUUCUAGGUAGUUACCAGAAUAUUGCACUGGCAAGGAGAGCCAUAUGUAAUCUUAUUAUGGGAUCACCUCCAUCAAAGGUGUAUGGCAAUUUGAGGAAUGUUGCUAAUAGAGUUGCUGAAAGAUUUUAGUUGUUAAUAAAUUUUUAUUUAUUACAUGCUUUUUAAUUAUAGCUAUAUCAUCUAUAACAUAAAAAUGAAUUGCUGAAUGUGUUGCUAAGCGCAAAUCUCGAGAGCAACUAAACCGAUUUCGCUAAUUCUUCUUUUAUAAUAUUCCUUGAAGUACGAAGAUGGUUCUCUCGGAGAGAAAAAUUUAAAAAAUUGCCUGUAAAUGUCUAAAAGCAACACUUUUCUAUAUUCUCAUACAAAAGAUUGGUAAUAAUACUUAAAAGUCAAUUUGAACUUUAAUACCAUACCAUAAAGUUUAAGUGUUAGUGGAGGGGUUCCGGGAAGGCAAAACAAUUUAGUGACGUUAGUAUCGUACAAAUAUUGUCGUGAAACGACAAUUUAAAACAAAAAAGAACCUAACCUAGCAACAACAAAACAACAAAAGUAGGGCAAAACAAAUAAUCUAUUUAAAAUAUAAAAAAAAGAUGUUUACAGAUUUAUAUAAAAAAAAAUUGAUGUAUUAGGGUGAAGAUGGGUGACGUGAUUUACAAUUAUUUCUAAAAAAAAAGAAUAAAAAUGAUGAGUAUUGAAGCUGAGGCCGAAGAUCCAAGUGGUACACUGCUUUUGGUGGUGGUAUUCGCUGCCCACAGAAUAUACACAGGCUGUGCUGGUGGUAGGCCCACAGCGCCUGGAAUAAGCGCUCGCAGCGCCUGGAGCGAGCACGCACAGCAUAGGUGAAGGCGUGGGCGUGUCUAGGCGACGAGUUCAGGUGAAUGCAGAGGUUUGCAAGAUUCGGCGACUUCAGGCAAGACAGAGGCUUGCAGGAUCCCAGCGACUUCAGGCAGGACAGUGGCCUGCAGGAUCCGGCGACUUCAGGCAGGACAGAGGCUUGUAGGAUCCGGCGACUUCAGGCAGGACAGAGGCUUGAAGGAUCCGGCGACUUCAGGCAGGACAGAGGCUGGCAGGAUCCGGCGACUUCAGACAUGACAGAAGCUUGCAGGAUCCGGCGACUUCAGGCAGGGCAGAGGCUUGCAGGGUCCCGGCGACUUCAGGCAGGACAGAGGCUUGCAGGAUCCCGGGGCAGUGCGGCCCCGGGAUAAGGCCUUUAGGAGAUGCUUCGAGUUAGAAAGCUGAAGCGAGACUGAGUUUCUUGACCGAUUGUUCGGCUUUUAUACCUUUUUAAAGAGAACGGAAAAUUAUUUAAAUUAAAAGCAAAUUUUUUGUAAAUGGCCAAGAGGAAAGAGUAUUUAUGUGGAAUCAUCGAAGUAGAAACAACAGACCGGAAGCGAAUUUGAAUAAAAAUUGCCAUGACAGCCAGAUAAACAACGAUGUCAAAACAUGUCAAAUUUUGGUUUUAGGCUCGUAAUAGAGAAACGGCAAGAUUUAAGUGAAAAAUGAGAUAUUAUUGCUAUAGGAAAAAAGGUAGCGCACCAGCGCGCACAAAGCCCGAAAUUGCAGAGUUACGGAGAACU